UUUCUUUUUUCAUGUGCACCGUACACUAUCUACACCCAUUACAUAUUAACAUCUCACACUACACCACACAAACACAACAACAACAUCAUCAUCACCAUAGUCAUCAUCGUCACCAUCGUAUCAAUCAUCAUCAUCAGCUGAAGCAGAGAACUUGCCUAAGGAAUCGUGCACUUUUCCGACACAACUGUUGAUCUCUGAUUCUUCAGGAACCACUACUGCGCAAAUGUGGAAAUUUGAGUUUUUGACAUUUGGGUCAUGGUUUUGGGGCUUUUCUAGUUGAUUUUGGAGGCUUUGGUGGUUAGUUUAAGAUUAUUUGGUAUGUGGGUUGCCCUUAAUUGGAACCAUGGUUGUGUCAGUGUACUGUUUCUGGACUUUUGGGGAAGAAGUGAUGCUGAUUGAUUAAUUGAGUUUUGGGGUUUGACUUCUGAUUUGUUAGUGGAAAAGGAUUUAAUUUUCUGGGUUUGUGCUGUUUUCCUUGUGGGGAGGGGGUUAAUUAGUGGAUUUGGAUCUUUUGGAAUUUUGGGUUUGAAUCAUGGAGGCUAGAUUUGGAGGUGAAGCUCAUCGUUUCUAUGCUAUGAGUGCUGCGGAUUUGCGGGCCAUGGGGAAGAGGACUUCAGAUUGGGAUUCGAAUGACUGGAAAUGGGAUGGUGAUCUUUUUAUUGCCAGCAGGUUGAAUCCGUUGCCAUCAGAAAGUGUUGGCCAACAAUUUUUCCCAAUCGGGUCUGAGAUUCCAGUGAAUGGGGGCUCAUCGAAUAGUUCAUCAUCAUGUUCUGAUGAAGUAAGUCUGGGAGUUGAUAAAGGGAAGAGGGAAUUGGAGAAAAGGAGGAGGGUUAUAGUGGUCGAGGAUGACAAUUUGAAUGAUGAAGAAGCAGGUAGCCUUGCUUUGAAGCUUGGUGGACAGGGUUAUCAGGUGAUGGAGAGGGAAGUAGGAAAUUGGGAAGGAACAAGCGGAAAGAAGACUAAGUUGGUGGGAAGUACUUCAAACCGUGCUGUUUGUCAAGUGGAGGACUGUGGUGCUGAUCUGAACAAUGCGAAAGACUAUCACAGAAGGCACAAGGUCUGUGAGAUGCAUUCCAAGGCCAGUAAGGCACUUGUCGGAAAUACCUGGCAAAGAUUCUGUCAGCAGUGUAGUAGGUUUCAUCUACUUCAAGAGUUUGAUGAAGGGAAGAGAAGUUGUCGCAGACGUUUGGCUGGCCAUAAUAAACGGAGGAGGAAAACAAAUCCCGAUCCUGUUGUAAAUGGAAAUACGCUGAAUGAUGAUCAGACUAGUGGUUAUUUAUUGAUUAGUCUAUUGAGGAUACUUUCAAACUUACACUCCAAUAGAUCAGACCAAACGACGGAACAGGAUGUGCUAUCUCAUCUUCUAAGGAGCCUUGCCAACCAAACUGCUGAACAUGGGGGAAAGGACAUAUCUGGGAUUUUGCGGGAACCUUCAAAUUUGGCAUCACUUGGAAAUUCUGAGCUGGUUUCUGCUUUACUCUCAAAUGGUCUUCAAGGUCCUUCAAGGCCUUUUAAACAACAUCAACCUGUACCUGUAUCUGAAAUUCCAUGUCAAGGCCUUAGUGUGGAUGAUGCUAGAGGUGGAGACAUACAAAACACGUCUUCUAAACCCAGCAUUUUGAACAGCCCUCCAGCUUACUCAGAAGUCAGAGAUAGUAGUGCGGGGCAGAUCAAGAUUAACAAUUUCGAUUUGAAUGACAUAUAUAUUGACUCAGAUGAUGGCAUGGAAGAUAUGGAGAGGUCUCCUAUCCCAGUGAAUAUGGGGACUAGCUCCCUGGACUCUCAUCAGUCAAGUCCACCUCAAACAAGUGGAAAUUCAGAUUCAGCAUCUGCUCAGUCACCUUCGAGUUCAAGUGGAGAAGCUCAGAGCCGCACAGAUCGAAUUGUAUUUAAACUCUUUGGGAAAGAUCCAAAUGAUUUCCCUCAUGUACUGCGAGCACAGAUUCUUGACUGGUUAUCUCACAGUCCUACUGACAUUGAGAGCUACAUUAGGCCUGGUUGUAUCAUUCUUACUAUAUAUCUACAUCAGGCUGAGGCUGCAUGGGAGGAACUUUGCUAUGACUUGAGUUCCAGUUUGAAUAGGCUUCUAGAUGUCUCAGAUGACUCUUUCUGGAGAACUGGAUGGGUUUAUGUUAGAGUGCAGCACCAAAUAGCCUUUAUUUACGAUGGUCAGGUUGUCAUAGAUACAUCUUUACCUCUUAGAAGUAACAAUUAUAGCAAAAUAUUAAGUGUUAGACCUGUUGCCAUAUCUACAACUGAGAGAGCUCAAUUUUUAGUCAAAGGCAUUAACCUCACUCGGCCCACCACAAGGUUACUCUGUGCACUUGAAGGGAAUUAUCUGGUUGAGGCAAAUACUAAUGAUUCAAUGGACAGUCUCAAUACCCUCAAGGAGAAUGAUGAGCUCCAAUGCCUCAAUUUUUCUUGCUCUAUUCCUGCAGUAAAUGGAAGAGGCUUCAUUGAGAUUGAAGAUCAUGGUUUCAGCAGUACCUUCUUUCCUUUUAUAGUUGCAGAGGAGGAUGUUUGUUCAGAGAUCCGUGCACUUGAAAGUGAAUUGGAGUUGAGCGAAACUAAUGCAGAUCUGGGAGGAAGUGGAAGAAUGGAAACCAAGAAUCAAGCUUUGGACUUCAUCAAUGAAAUGGGUUGGCUUCUCCAUAGAAGUCAGUUGAAGUCUAGACUGGGAAACAUGGAUCCUAAUCCAGAGUCUUUUCAUCUAAAAAGGUUCAAGUGGCUGAUGGAGUUCUCGAUGGACCAUGAUUGGUGUGCUGUAGUGAGAAAACUAUUGGGCAUACUGCUUGAUGAAACUGUGGGUGCAGGGGAGCACUCUUCCCUGAAUCUUGCAUUAGCGGAGAUGGGUCUCCUUCACAGAGCUGUAAGGAGAAAUAGUAGGGCACUCGUGGAGCUUCUUUUGAGAUAUCAAAUCUCGGAUAAAUUAAUAUCUGAAAACAAGUCACAGGUUGAUGGAGGCAAAGGAAGAUUCUUGUUUAGACCUGAUGUUGUAGGCCCUUCAGGUUUGACACCACUUCACAUUGCAGCUGGUAAAGAUGGCUCUGAGAAUGUAUUGGAUGCAUUAACUGAUGAUCCAAAAAUGGUGGGAAUUGAAGCGUGGAAUAGCGCUCGUGACAGCACAGGUUCCACACCUGAAGAUUAUGCUCGCUUGCGUGGCCAUUACUCGUACAUACACCUGGUCCAGAAGAAAAUUAAUAAGAAAUCUGCAGCUGAGCAUGUGGUGCUUGACAUUCACAGUGUUCUCUCAGACUGUAGUGUGAAUAAAAAGAAAAAUAAUGAGCUGACCUCAACCUUUGAGAUUAAAGGGACUGACUUGAAAUGUAUUCGGCAGCAGUGCAAACUUUGUGAUCGGAAACUGGCUUAUAAAACGGGCAGCAGGUUUCUGGUGUACCGACCUAUGAUGCUCUCAAUGGUUGCCAUUGCUGCAGUCUGUGUCUGUGUGGCCCUUCUGUUUAAAAGCUCACCUGAAGUUCUCUUUGUGUUCCGCCCCUUCAGUUGGGAAGCGUUGUCCUAUGGUCCAAUCUGAGGUGCUUUAACUCUGAAGCUGAUAAUAUAUGAUAGGUGUUUGUAAUUGUAUGCAUUUAUAGACUGUAAAGUAGAGAUUUCCUGUAGAACCCGUGCUUUGGGGUGGGUUUUGGACUUAAUAAUAUUGUUGACAUACUUAUUUAAUGUUCAGUGUACUUCCCUCAAGCUUAUUUAGUGUUCACUGAAAUAAGUGCAUUCUACUACCCCUUUAUCUCUCUGUGUGUCCCUGGGUUUCCUUUUGUAUUGGUGGCAUUUUUCGGUUUAGAAUGAAUAAAGGAUUAGAGGUAUUUUAAGAAUAUCUUAAUGACUCA